GGUUGAUGUUACUCACAUUGCCGUUGUUAAAAUCUUAAAAUAGAAACCACAACCUAUCGGCCCCACCUUCCUCCACCCUCCAAGCUGUUAUUGUUCCAAUCCCACAGUUGAAGUUUUCUGCGGGAAGAUCUGGUCCCCCUUUCCCCCCUCCUCCUCUCUGUCUUGUCUCUUUCUCUCGCUCUUUGCUCACAGAAUACGCGUGUUCAUCAUCAAGUCAUUUGGAUACUUUUGUUUUUUGUCACAAAGAGAGAAAGUUCCUUAAUUCUCAGAGAUCUGAGACUGGGAACUCCAUGCAGAACCAGAGUAGGUAUGGCAAAUUUCGUUCAUUUGAAAUCAUGUGGGGCUAAAACUUCAUACUUUGCUUUGUUUUCCCGAAGGUAAAUGACUAGAGAAUGGGGAAGAAAGGGGGCUGGUUUUCUGCAGUGAAGAAAGCUCUGAGUGCAGAAUCCAAGGAAAAGAAAGAUCAGAAAACCCGUAAACCAAAGAAGAAUUGGUUUGGGAAGAUCAAGAAAUCAGCUCCAGUUUCUUCAACUGAAGAAACUGCAUUAGCAAUUCAUGUUCUUCCCCCGGCUUCUGAUAUUCCUGCUCCUCCCCGUCCCAUUGAAGAUGUGAAGUCAACUGAAGCCGAGAAUGAACAGAACAAACAUGCUUACUCAGUGGCAAUUGCCUCUGCUGUGGCAGCAGAGGCAGCUGCUGCCGCUGCUCAGGCUGCCGUAGAGGUUGUUCGUCUCACCACUGUUCCACGUUACUAUGGAAAAUCAGAGGAGGAAAUUGCAGCUAUCAAGAUUCAGACUGCAUUUCGAGGAUACUUGGCAAGGAGGGCAUUGCGGGCUUUGAGGGGAUUGGUGAGAUUGAAAUCUUUGAUACAAGGGCAAUCUGUCAAACGCCAAGCAGCUAGCACAUUAAGAUGCAUGCAGACUCUUGCUCGUGUGCAGUCUCAGAUUCGUUCAAGGAGAAUAAGAAUGUCGGAGGAGAACCAGGCUCUCCAGCAACAGCUCCAACAAAGAUGUGAGAAAGAGCUUGAGAAAUUGAGAACUUCCAUGGGAGAAGACUGGAAUGAUAGCACACAAUCUAGGGAGCAAGUCGAAGCAAAACUACAGAGCAGGCAAGAGGCUACUAUACGAAGAGAAAGGGCAUUGGCUUAUGCAUUCUCGCAUCAGCAAAAGUGGAAGAACUCUUCAAAAUCUGCAAAUCCAACAUUUAUGGAUCCAAACAAUCCUCAUUGGGGUUGGAGUUGGUUAGAGCGAUGGAUGGCAGCUCGACCGUGGGAGAGUCGAAGCGCGAGGGAUCCUAGUGAUCUUGCCUCCGUUAAGAGCGCUGCAAGCCGUACCAUCUCUGUUGGAGAAAUCACCAAAGCUUAUUCUCGUCGUGAUAUUAACCAAGAUAAUAAGCCUUCUCCUAGUGGCCAAAAAUCAAGCCGCCCUCCUAGUCGCCAAUCUCCUUCAACUCCCCCUUCCAAGGCAACAUCUUCAGCAUCAGUAACUGGGAGACGAAACCGACGAGGCUCCAGGGGGAGCGGCUGGAGUGGAGAUGAUGACUCAAGGAGUAUGCUUAGCGUACAGUCAGAGCGCUGGCGUAGGCAUAGCAUUGAAGAUUCAUCAGUGAGAGAUGAUGAGAGCCUUGCAACCACACCUUCAGUUCCAAGUUACAUGGCAUCAACACAAUCAGCAAAGGCCAAGUCCCGACUGCCAAGUCCAUUAGGAUUAGAGAAAAAUGGGACACCAGAGAAGGGAUCAGCAGCUUCUGUAAAGAAACGUCUCUUAUUCCCCGCCUCCCCGGCUGGACCGAGAAGGCAUUCUAGUCCUGCUAAUAUUAAUAUGGACACUAGCUCCACUAAGGACAGUGAUGUGCAUACGGAGUAUAAAAGUUAACAAUGAGUGAGGAGACAAGCAAGUUGUGAAUUUACCAGUGCAAAGGGAGAAAAAUAAAUAAAAAAGGGUUACUACUGUUGUUUUCACUCGACUGUCUUUUUCUUCUUCUGAACAACUGCUCUUGUUAGAAAACUAUGUGUAUCAUGCAUGGGAUUGGUUUGGGGAUGAUGUGGUUUAUGGGAACAAUGUUUGGUAUCUUUUGUUGUGGUCUUGUGGGGAUUGCUUCUCUCAUUUAUUUAGUGGGGUUCUUGAGAUUCUGGCACACCAUAUUCAUGAAAUUCUUUAUGAUUAUGGUUUCCUUUGGAUUUGGAUCCCUUGAAAUUCGCUG